AUGCAGCAAGAGCAGAUUGAAUUUAAAAGGCAAAUACACAAGAUUCAGGAUGAAAAUAAUGAGCUAAAUUUCAAACUGGAUGCAUAUAAAAAUUCCACAUGCAAUGGUGAGACCCUAGACGAUGCUACAAGGGAAAAAUUAACAAAUGAUGCUGUCAAAAAUGUUAUGAUACAAAUUGAAUAUUUACAAGCUGAAAAUAAGGAUCUGAAGCUAUUGAAUAAAAAUUGUAAUAAAACAAUUGAGAAUUUGGAAAAGGAAAUCCAAGACUAUCGAAAUCAAAUAUUUAAUCCAACAUCAGCGUGCGAAGUGAAACAGAAAUAUGCAACAGCUCUAAAACUCUUGGAAGGUACCAUUGUCAGUCAACAAAAGGAAAUAAAAGAACAAAAGGAAAUGAUCAAUAAUCUAUUUGAACAGAAAAGACAUUUAAAAGCUCACAUUGAGUCAUUGGAAAAGUCUAUAGAAGAAAAACUACAUUCGAAAUUUGAUGACAGUGUAGAGCAGGUCCAUAAAUUACAAAAGCAACUUACGGAAUAUACCCAACAAAAUAAAGAAUUGGAGAAAUCGUUAAAAGCGGCAAAACUUUCUAUCGAAGACAGGUUUAAACGUGAACAAAUAGCUCUGCAAAAAGUACAGGACGCCUUGGCUAUAGCCGAAGGUGCUGUGGCCGAUAAGGAAGAAGCUUUGAAACGUGAAAAAAUCGUAAAAGAAGAAUGUGAUAAUAUAGCAUCGACCAUUGGUCAGGUUAUGGAUGAGGCAGCACGUAAAGUGGACAAAGAUAUGGAAGAGAUACGAAAGAAAUAUCUCGAAAAGGAAAGACAGCUAAUAAAAGAGAAAACAAAGAUGCGCGAGGAAAUUCUUAAUCAGACUAAACUAUAUCAAAUUCUCAAUAACAGAUGUAAUAGAUUUGAACAAAAUUACAAAGAUGCUCUAAAGGACAAUGAACGAUUAACAAAACAAUUAGAAUUGGUUGCAAAAACUAUUAGUGAAAUGGAACACAAAUUGCUACAACAAGAAUCCAAUUACAACAAUAAUAACAAAUUGGGAAGAUAUCGUAUGACAAUACAAGAGUUGGCCAAAUCGUUUGAAGAACAAAUACAUCGACUACAAACAGAAAUGGCAAAUUUAAGAGCUGAAAACAAAAUUUUAAAAUCACAAAGACAUUGCAAUAAAACUUAA